AUGCCCGGCUCCUCCGCGGCGGCCAGAUGUCCAGCGACGUGCGAGGCCUGUGGCUCCUGGUGCUGCUGGGCUUGCUGCGGGGCGGGCGCUGCGCCUCCCUACCGCCCGACGUCACGUCCGCGGGGGCCUUCAACAGCUUCGCCAGGACGCAGUCCGACUAUGACGUGGGCGUGGUCAUCCGGUAUGCGCGCUUUUUUUGUUUGUUCCUCGGACCUCUGCUGGGCGCACAGCUGCUGCGACCCGCGGCACGGCCCCCGGGGCGACCCGAAUUGCUGGGACGAGAUCUACAGCUUCGACAUGUGCUGCCGCCCCGAGGGGAGCCAGCCCGCCGGGGCCCGUGCCGCCUUCGCCGGGCAGGUGGCGCACCACAUGUGGAAACGCUCCAUGUGGUUUGGCGCCCUCGAGCCGCCCAUCUGCCCGAACGGCGGCGCCAUGGGCGAGGACCAGGGCCCGGGCCUGCGCCCCGGCCUCCCUGGCCUCCUGGGGCCCCCCGCCGCUCGGGAGCUGCCAGUGGCCCCUGCGCCGAACGGGACGGUCCGCCACGCGCUGGGGUCCCGGGAGCUGGUCGUGGUGGUGAUGUCGCAGCUGGCGGCGCUCCGGCCAGGGGGCCGAGUCGCUGGGGCUCUCCAGACGUGGGCCCGCCGCGUGUCUCCUCGCAGCGCCUACUUCGUCACCGAGGAGGGCGACCAUCCCGUGGGCUCGGUGCUCGAGGGCGAUGGUCGGAUACCGUGCCCCGACUACUGGCUGCUGGACUGCAACACCUACACGGCGAGCAUAUACCUCGGGCACUAUGGCCUCCAGGGGGCCCUGCUCCGCCACCCCCGCACGCGCUGGUUCGCCGUGUUCGACGACGACGUGUUCCUGAACCCGUACGCCCUGGGGCGGAUCCUCCGCGGCGUCGAUGCGGGGGCGCCCGUGUGCCUCGGCGCCCACGAGCGAGGAGACAGGCCCCUGCUGUCUUACUGGUCGGGGAUCGUCUGCAGCAACCCCGCAGUUCGGCUGCUGGCGGAGCACCUGGAGGCCGCCGACCGCGAGGUGGUGCGGCGCUCACUGGGCUACUCCGCGGGCGACUUCAUCAUCUCCAAGUGUCUCACGGAUCUGGGCGUGCCGCUGGUGGACGUGCCGGGCUUCUACGGCGGGAACUUGCCCCUCGGUGGUCCGCCCUCGCUCGCCGCCGCGACGUUCCACCGGGUGCGCACCGAGGUGGACUUCAGGGAGCUGGACGGCAGGCUCUUUGGAGGCUCAGGCUGA